AUGGCGGCUGUUUUGACCGCACCAACUUCACCUCCGGAGCUUUCCGGUUCCAAGUCCUCUAAAUCCUCGUCGUUCCGGUCCUCCUCGCGGAUGUCAAGUCCGGACGGGGUGUUUACGGACAUCGGAAACUUUGAAGAUGUUGUUCUAGAAGAUGAAUCGGCUCAAUAUCUGGAAACAUCGGUCCCGUAUGGACGGGCCCCCGGAGUUGCACGGUCGUCGACCGCCAGGAUGCUUGCCAAGGCACCCAUCACGACAACCCGUGAUUUGAUAUCUCCAGCUCCGAGAAAACCAUAUGCAUCUGCGCAGGGACGAUCCGGGCCGAAGUUGAUGACUUCCUCCCGGGACUUGCAGGCCCCACGACCUCCGUCCAGGAAUCGUCGCAAUCGAUCCGCCUCACCUCUGCGACCCGCUCAGUCCCCAGGCAUCGCUUCAUCUCCAUCCAGCCAAACCCUAUCUCCAUCUCCAGUCAAUGCUCGGCCUCUGAAUCGAAAGCCAUCUUGGCAGCGCAGCCGUAAAUCGCUAAAGGAGUUGGAAGCAGAAUAUCACGAUUCAGACGACGAGCUUCCCGAAGAUGCCAGUUUAUGGAAUAUUCCGAUUUCCCCACGACCAGUGGAAGACCGUGCACCGUCUAGAGACCACAGUCCCAACCGCAGCCCGGGGCCGCGACCAUUUCCCUUAUCGCAUUCAGUCUCUGAAGCUGCCGUUGCUCCAGCCUCUCCUCAACGAUCGCCCGCUACUUCUCGGGCAAACCGACUGUUGGCUAGAUCUAGCUCGGCUGGUCCCGAACGCGGCCAACUAUCUCCUCGCAACCCCCGGCUUUACUCCUAUAAUAGCAUGAUGUCCGAUCUAUCCGAAGAGGCGAAGAACCUGACACAGGCUCUGGAGUUUCACGCCGACGAGAAUGAUCGCAAGCGCGGAGAUAGCCUUCAGAGUGGGAACUCUUCGCUAAGAUCCAGCGAUGAGUCGAAGCGUGACUCCAAGUCCCCGAUCGAAUUACCACCCGUGCAAAAGUCCAACAUAAUGAUCGAUCCUUUGCCCAUCAGCAAGGAGAAGGAAAAGGUUCUCACGCGAACUCGCCCCAGUUGGCUCCCUCCCAAGGAUCAGAAGGAGGAAAGGCGACACCUUCGAGAAUACAAGAAAAUGAUGGAGCAGUCUCGGGAAGCAGAGAAACGUAAAGCCGCGCAGGCGGCUUCGGCCAAGUGCGAGCGAGACAACACUCGGGAUACGCUCCAGCAGAUCUGGGACGAUUACGUCUAUCCAAACUGGACUAGGGCCAUUGGCGAGUCUCGCACCCGCGAGCUGUGGUGGCGUGGCAUACCCUCGCGAAUCCGAGGACCGACUUGGAAUCGUGCCAUCGGCAACGAGCUGGCUCUAUCCGAUGAAUCUUAUAACAAAGCCCUGAAGCGGGCAAAAGACGCGCUCGCCAAGUCUGAGGGCGAUUCGGGCGAGAGCAACAAAAAAAUGAUGGAGUGGUUCGACGCCAUCCAGACUGAUGUCUCGAAGGCCUUCCCGGAGCUGAACCUCUUCCAAGAAGGCGGCCCUCUACGUGAAACAUUGGUUGAUGUGUUGGAAGCGUACUCGAUGUAUAGGAGUGAUGUUGGAUAUUCGAGUGGCCUUCACACCAUUGCCGCACUUUUUGUGCUACAAUUCCCGACACCCUCGUCCGCUUUCUGCGCCAUGGCCAAUGCGCUUAACCGUCCCCUACCCGUUGCCUUUAUGACCAUGGACCGUGGAGCCAUCGGUCGAACUCUCUCGUUAGCGUCUGCGACGCUCCGCUACAAAUUCCCACGUCUAGCCACUCAUCUUUAUGACACUCUGCGCCUGUCAGAUGAAGAGGUCUUUGACAGCAUGUUCCGGUCGCUGCUCACCAACGGCCUUGAUUUAGAGCGCCUCAGCCGUGUCUGGGACUGCUGGGUUUUCGAAGGUGACCGCAUCAUGAUCCGCGCCGCCGUUGCAAUUCUCGGCUGCCUGCAGACGCAGCUGUUUGGUUUCACCAAGCCGGAUGACCAGAGUCGUCUGGCGGUGAAGAACAUUCUCGCCUGGGGACCACACGAUUUGGGUACCAAGCCCAAGGAACGUCGAAGCGCCCCUGCAGCACCUGUGGCUGGCUUUGCAGGUGGAUCUACCAGUGCCGCCGCCGGCGACUACUGGGUCCUGACAUCUGCAGGUGAUGCAGACGGAUUCAUAAACGAGAUGCGGGAAGCAGGCAAGGUCCAUCCACGGGCGUAG